GGUUUAAACCGUCCAAUGGGGGAGCGGCGUGCGGCGUGCCGGGGGCGGAGCCGGAAGUCGGCCUGCGCGUCCUGGAGCUGCAGCUGUUCGUCGGCGGCGCCGUGCCGCUGCGGUGGGAGUUCCUGUCCUCGCGCGGCGGCGGCGGUGGCGGCGCCCCAACGGUGCCAAGGUCUCCAUGGCAGCACCAGCAGCCUCUGCAGCUACCGCCGCCUCAUCCACGGCUUUGAGGACGUCGUGAGGCGGCGGUUGCGAAGCCGCUUAAGAACCCCAUGGUUUUCCCCUUCUUUCAGGAGUGGAGUAAUUGUCACAACUCAAAAAAACGCAUCACCAGAAUCUGACACUCUCCUGCUAACUCAAAAGCACAAGCAGAAAAUGAAAGGGGAUACCGUGAAUGUGCGCCGCAGUGUUCGAGUAAAAACCAAAGUCCCCUGGAUGCCCCCAGGCAAAACAUCUUGCCGAGAGUCAUCAUACAAGUGGGAGGGACCAACCCAUCGCCUGGAAAUAACUCCUCCAGAUUCAGAUAAGUUACUGUCAGUGCUCCGCUUGAGUGAUCUUUCAACAGACGAGGAGGACGCCAUUCACUGCAAAAUGGACAAGUACGAGAAGAAGAUAGGGAGCUUAAUGAACGUGGUGGGCACCUUGAAAAAUGAGAUGUGUCCUCAGAUCUGUCCUCAGAUCAAAAUGCCAAAGCGGGAUGAUGGGCGAUGUGUGGCUAAGCGUCUCCUUGAAGAGCAAAAGGAAGAGCUGGACGAGGUCACGCAGGAACUGGUGGAGACAGAGCAUGAGAACACUGUUCUCCGGCGCAAUAUUGAACGUAUGAAGGAGGAGAAAGACCUUAGCAUACUUCAGAAGCGGCACUUGAUGCACGAGAAAGAAUGCUUGAUGUCCAAGCUAGUGGAGGCUGAGCUGGAUGGAGCAGCUGCCGCCAAACAGAUUAAGGCCCUGAAGGACGCUAUCUGCAAACUAAAAUCUGAGAAGAACAUGACAGUCUCGGACAUCAACACACUUACUAGACAAAAAGAACUGCUGUUGCAGAAGUUAAGUACUUUUGAGGAAACCAACCGUACGCUCCGAGACCUGCUUAGAGAGCAACAUGGUCGAGAGAAAGACUCUCAGAAGUUGGCUGAGCAGCAGGCGCAACUAAUGAAGAGGCUUACUGAAGCUGAUGCCGAAAAAGCGCAAUUGGUAAAAAAACUGCAAGAGAAAGAAAAAGAAGUUGAUGAUCUAAUAGUUCAGAUACAGACGGAAAAGGACCAAGCAAAGACCGCAUCUGAACUCUCCAAAUCCAUGGAAGCCGUGAGGGGCCACCUGCAGGCACAGCUGCGCAACAAAGAAGCUGAGAAUAACCGCCUGCAGAUCCAGAUCCGGAAUCUAGAGCGUGUUGCAGCUCAACACAAGGCAGAAGUGGAAAAUAUCAUGGAACAGCUGAAAGAGCUGAAGACGAAGACUGAGCGUGACAAGGACGCCCUGAAGAAUGCAAUCAAGGCCCAGAAAGAGCGAGCGGAGCGCAGCGAGGAGUAUGCAGAUCAACUGAAUGCCCAGCUGGCAGAAAAGGACAACUAUGUUGCUGAGGCGUUGUCCACCUUGGAAUCAUGGAGAAGCCGCUACAACCAGGUGGUGAAAGACAAAAGUGAUCUGGAAGUCGAGAUUGUGAUGCUGAACAGCCGUAUUUCAGACUUGAUGGAACAGCAAACCACUAUGGAAGACAAGAUGCGGGAAGACAGAGAUGCCAUGGUGGACAAACUGCACCGGCAGGUCACAGAAAGCACCUCAUUCAAAAUGGAGAAUGAGAGGUUGAAGAAUAGCAUUCUCCCGGUGGAGGAAAAGUUGAAUAAAGCUCAGCAGGAAAUAGCAAUGCUCAAAGCAUCCCUCAAGAACUACGAAGGGACAAUUGAAAGUUACAAGAACCAGGUGCUGAAAACGCGAAUGGAAGCUGAUGAGGUGACUGUGAAACUGGAGCUUUGUGAGAAAGAGAACAAAUCACUGAAAGAGGAAAUGACCAAGGAGAUUGAAAAUGCUCGUAAGCAGUUCCAGAGUCAGGUUGCUGAGCUAGAAAAGCUUCCCGAGAUCUUGAAGCUCACAGAGUCUAAACUGGCUGAGUGUCAGGAACAGCUAAAGAGUUACGAGAAGAAAAAUAUGGACCUGUCAGCCAUGAUCACAGACCUCCGUCAGCGGAUUGAGCUUCAGGGAGACAAGAUGGAGAUGAUGAGAGAGAGGUAUCAGUCUGCCCAAGAAGAGAACAAGCAGCUGAUCCUCAAGCUUGAAGAGCUGGAGAGGAAGCUUGAAGCAGCAAGCGGUCAGAAUAUAGAAUUUAUCCAGGUCAUAGCGAAAAGGGAGGAGUCGAUCCAUCAGGCCCAGCUGCGACUAGAGGAGAAGACCCGGGAAUGUGGCGCCUUGGCACGCCAGCUGGAGAUAGCAAUUGGCGAUGCCAAGAAGCAGCUGGAGCAAACAAGGGAGCGAGCAGCAGCAAAGGAGAGAACAGCCCAGUCCAAGAUGCUGGAUUUGGAAACUCAACUGAGCAGGACAAAGACGGAACUGAAUCAGCUGCGGCGGAGCAAAGAUGAUGCAGAGUGUCGGUAUGAAAGCCGCCUCCAUGACCUGAAGGAUCGUCUUGAACAGUCUGAGAGCACCAACCGAAGCAUGCAAAGCUACGUGCAGCUCCUCAAGUCCUCUUACGCCAAUGUCUUUGGAGACAGUGCCUUAUCAACCUCCCCAAUUCGUCCUCGAUCUCCACUGUGAUCAAACCUUGUUCCUUAACUUCCAGGACCCUCUUGCUACAGGCUCAGCUGGGUGGACCUAUUUCAAAGCCAUAUCUGAUUUUGGAACUUAAAUAGCUCAGGAUCUUCAUCGUAUUGUUGGCGUGGGAGAUUCAUCCUGCCUUUAUGUCGGAGAGAUGGUGGCAUUAAGGGCUGCAUUGUGUAUCAUAAGCCAUGUUAAAGCGGGCCAACAAGGGGCACAUUUACCACCCCUUCUUGUCUUUUAGUGCCUUACAGAGGUUACAUGUUUUGAAAGUAAUCUGCAGUGUUUUAAUCAUCUUUUAAUUUUAUUAAUGUUUUAUGUAUGAUUUUCUCAAUAUGCCCUGAGUUUCAAAUAUCAUGUUUGUUGAAUGCAGAACAAAAUAUUUAGAUUUUUUUUAUAUAAUAAUAAAAAUUGUCAUCUGAAAAA